AUGUUGAUAGUCCAACAAUUUCAGAAGCGGAGUUUCAUUAUCCCGUCCCUGAUCUCUUCUGGCCUAUCCUAUCUUAGCAAGGAUAUCAGGUUGGCUGAUAAAAUGGAGGAUGGUGAAUUACACUUCCCUAAAACAGAAUUCGAAAAAUCCCAAAACACAUCAAGACCUUUGUUCCAAAGACCAGAGCCCAAUUAUCCAGGACAUGUUCCCCUGUACAACUUUGAGAAACUACUCAUGUUUUUAGGUUCUUCAAUUGGAGCUUUUGUCAAUCCCACGAACAAUAACUUCAUCGUUUCUCUCGGUGAGUCAACUGCGUUCCCCUGGGUGUUGAAUAGACUAAGAACGCAAAUGCUAAACGAUCCUAGCGGCAGGCAAAUAUUGAAAGAGAGGCCUCAUAUGACAUCAAAGAGUUUGAAUUUAGACGAGCUGAAAAAUUAUCCCGAUAAUUCACUGGGCAAGUCCUAUUUUCUCUGGUUAGAAAGAGAAGGCGUUUCUCCAGACACAAGAGUUCCUGUGAAGUAUAUAACCGAUCCUGAACUUGCCUUUGUCUUCCAAAGAUACAGAGAGUGUCAUGACUUUUAUCACACAAUUACCGGAUUGCCAAUUGUAAGAGAGGGGGAAAUUGCUUUGAAGCUGUUCGAAUUUAUGAAUCUGGGGAUACCAAUGACUGGUCUGGGUGCCCUUUUUGCUCCAAUUCCUAUUAAAAGUUCUCAAAGACGCAGGUUACUGAGUGUAUACUAUCCAUGGGCAGUAAAGAACGGAACAAUAUGCAAGCCUCUGAUCAACGUUUAUUGGGAGAAGAUAAUGAAGAAAGAUAUCGAUGUAUUGAGAUCCGAACUCGGGAUAGAGAAGCCUCCCGACAUGAGAGAGCUGAGGAAGAAGGCAAGGUCAAAGAAGAAGCAGGUUGCUUAG